AUGAAAGGUGGAGAUAAAAAUUGGUCCGAUGAUCAAUACAGGAUGAAGAAGAAGCGUAAGGAAUUGGGUGGGGAAUCAUCAUCAUCCAACAACAUUGCUCGUACUUGCACUGAAUGUGGUAAGAUAUUCUGGUCAUGGAAGGCUCUUUUUGGUCAUAUGCGUUGUCAUCCUGAGCGUCAAUGGAGAGGCAUUAACCCUCCUCCUAAUUUCAGAAGACAACAACAACAACUUGUGACUCCAGAAGAACAGGAAGGUGCUGCUUCUUUGCUUUUACUUGCUAAUUCAAAUCCAAAGAACAAGAACAAGAACAAGAACAAGAAAACAACAACAACGGUGGUGGAUGAUGAGGAUCAGUUUGUGUGUUCGUGUUGCAACAAAGUAUUUGGAUCCCAUCAGGCACUUGGAGGACACAGGGCUAGUCACAAGAAUGUCAAGGGCUGUUUCGCCGCCAAUACAACUCACGAUGACAACCAUCACCCAAUGACUCGUGGAAACGUUGAAGGGGAAGAGGUUAAUAGUAAUAAUAAUAAUAAUGACUGCAUCAUCGGACACAAGUGUAGCAUAUGUUUGAGGGUAUUUAGCACUGGACAAGCACUCGGUGGUCAUAAGAGGUGUCAUUGGGAUAAAGGGGAACCCACGACACCAACACUACCAUUUGAUUUGAAUUUCCCUUUUCCACCUCUCCCUCCUCCUGCUCCAGAUCAUUCUUCUUCUCCCCUCACUCUUCAUUUGAGGUUGUGA